AUGGCGGGUCACGGCGAUUUACAAGAGAUGCUGCGCAUGCUGACUGCACGCAAAGCAUCCAUGAUGGCGGCCAUGGGCUACAUCAGAGCGCUGCAGUCCAAGAAUCUGAAAAGCAUUGAACAGAUUGCCGAGGCGCCUUUAUCUACUGUUGAGGAGGCCAUCAGUGACGCGAAGCUCGCCAAGAGCUUCCACACAGCAUGCAAAUCACACGGCAAGAAGGGCAACAAGCGUGCCGCUGAGGAGCCCGCAUCUGCAGCCGGCGGGAAAAAGCCGAAGCUGGAAAUGCACAAGAGGGAUCUUGAUUACAACGCCAUGUCGCCUGAAGAGCUCGAGGGAUCAUUAAUGCUGCCGCUGUGCGAAGAUGAGGAGCUGAUCAAGGAGACGGCACUGGUGACGAAUAGAGCUCCUUUGGUUCUUGCAUUUGCGGUGGAGCUGCUGCGCUUCACUAUGCCGGAGCAGCCUCCGAGCAGCCGUCUAAGUCUUGCCCAGGCGGUUGUGAGUGCCAAUUCGAGGUCCAAGGCCAUCAGUAUUGGGAUUGAGAAGGCGCCUGUUGGUGGGGAGCCGCCAAUACCAACUGGACAGCCAAAGGUCUUUGUUCUGGGACGAGAAAUCCCGGUUCUGAAAAGGGGCGAUUAUACCUGGUCAGAGAAGUCUGAGGAAAAGGCGCCACAGACUUCAUCUGCAGAUGCGAGCAAUUCGGCAUCAACACUGACAUCUACGGCAUCUGACAAUGUAUGGGCAACCAGCAAAUCGCUUAGCUCAAAGGGAUCUACUUUCAUAGCGCAUGCAGCCCCAAUGACGUCGCCGUCUAUGCGCUCAGGUCUCAUGAAGAUCUUAUUCAACAAAUACCCUGACAUGGAAAAGACGGCCGACCACGUUGCGUGGGCAAUGCGCAUCAGCUUUGGCAACUCAUCUCUCGUGCAGGAGGCUUCGUUUGACGAUGGCGAAGCGGGAUGCGGUAAGUUUAUGCUUGAGCUCCUGCGCGAGGCGAAUAUCACGAACACGACUGUUGUACUUGCGCGGUGGUACGGCGGCGUCAUGUUGGGACCUGACCGGUGGCGCUUGAUGCGGGAGUGUCUGAAUGAUGCGCUUUCUGCCCAGCGGCGGACGGCGACGUUUUCUGGCGAGGCGCUGUGGGGGCUCGAUGCGGAGGAUAAGAAGCCAGCUAUAUCUACGGUUGGCAUGGCGAUUCAUCGUCCUGAAAAUGCGAGGAAUUAUCUCUUGCGGAGCUUUGCCUCUGCCGGUACCUCUGACGGGGGAGGCAAGAAGACCGUGACCGCACUGAACGAUGAGAAGCAGGAGAAUCUGGGGAGGCUGCUGGGGGCGCUUCGACUGCUGUUUGCGAGCUGGGCCGGGACUUUAGGUCGUGCAGAGCUGGAUCGCAGAGCGUGGAGGUGGUACGUGGCUGUUCGGCCGGAUAUAGAGUCGGGGCCGUCUGGAUGGGGGGAGAAGGGGACGUUGAGGCUGUCCAAGAUUUUGGAUUUGCGACGAAAGGAAGCACCGGCGAGUGGUUGAUCUGAUUUGAUGUGACUUUUGUUGUAGCAGACAUGUUGUCACUUGUACGUGCCUUUUCUAGUUAGCAGGCGAUGAUGAAUUUACAAUGAUAUUGACA